UCUCUCUCUCUCUCUCUCUCUCUCUCUCUCAUCCGAAUUGGUGGCUUAAACUUGCAGCUCAAAUCGAUGGUUUUGUAGGGUUGGGAGUUUAGGGUUUACACGGAUAAUCUUCAUUGGAGAAAGAAUUGGGAGCACUGAACAGAGGCGAAGUGGUGUGUCUGUAACUGUGCAUAGAUAUAAAACAAAACAAUGCGGCUGUUUCCGAUGAAUUCGUCUAGAGAGCUUAGAAAUGGAGGAAGUGAUCAUGCUUUAUUGUGUCAAUAUCAACGUAUAGUCAAUCUCACCCCUGUCUGGUUAGGCUUCGGAAUCUUCCAUUCCGGUAUCGAAGUCUAUGACAUGGAAUACGCAUUUGGAGCACACGAGUACCCAACCAGUGGAGUCUUUGAAGUGGAGCCAAAAAGCUGCCCGGGAUUUAUCUUCAGGCGUUCAAUUCCAUUGGGAAGCACCAACAUGUCUCCUUCAGAAUUCCGGUCAUUCAUGGAACAUCUUUCUAACAAAUAUUAUGGUGACACAUAUCAUUUAAUUGCAAAAAACUGCAAUCAUUUCACAAAUGAAGUAUCAAUGCGACUCACUGGGAAACCAAUACCCGGUUGGGUCAACCGGUUGGCUAAACUCGGGUCUUUCUGCAACUGUUUAUUGCCUGAAAACAUUCAAGUUGCAGCUGUUAGACAUCUACCUGAUCAUGCAACAAUUUCUGAUGAAGAAUCAGAUUCGGGUGAUUCACCAUUAACAAUGGGGAGUGAAGAAGAUGAAGUGGAUGAUGAUCAUCGUCAUCAUCUUUUGACUGAAUCGAAUAGUGACGUGGCAUUUUUACAGGAGACACCUGUCAGACUAGCUAAAGAUCUUCUUUAAUUUUGAUUUUAAUACCUAUUUUGUUAUUUUUAUUCCUGAUAUUAAGUUGUAUUAUUUAUAAAGUGUAUAGAUUUUUUUUAAUAGGGUUCAUGGAGUUUGUUUGUUGUCUUAAUUCUUGAGUGUUUCUAUAUUUGUCUGCAACUGUAAGUCUGUAACUGUGUGUAUG